AUGGAGGAAGAGGAUGAAGGCCAGAGAAAAUUCAAACAUGGGUUUCCGAACAUCACAUUGCUUGUUCAGAGAAAGUUGAAUCAAAUGGACCUCACUACUACGCUACAGAAAAAUCUUGUUCCUGUGUCUCCACAAAAACACAAAUCCAGACUGGGAGAGAAAUUCCAGUUGCUAAAUGACGGAAUAUCAUAUCAAGGGAACUUAACACUUUUGAAUGAGAUCUAUACAGAGCUCUUCAUCACGCAGGGAGACAGUGGAGAGGUCAAUAAUGAACAUGAGGUGAGACAGAUUGAGAUGUCCCGAAGGCUAGAGAAGCAGGAAAUACCAAUUAAAUGCAAUGAUAUCUUUAAACCCUCACCUGGACAAUACAAACCCAUCAGAAGUGUGCUGACAAAAGGAGUUGCUGGCAUAGGAAAAACAGUGUCUGUACAGAAGUUCAUUCUGGACUGGGCUGAGGGAAAAGCAAACCAGGACGUCCACCUCAUAUUUGCACUUCCUUUCAGGGAGCUGAAUUUUAUGAAGGAGGAAAAUAAAAGUCUAAUGGAGCUUCUCCAUCGAUUUUUCUCAGAUAUAAAGGAACUGAGAUCAUCAGACCUUGAUGAUUACAAAGUUAUGUUUAUCUUUGACGGGCUUGAUGAGUGUCAACUUCCUUUAAAUUUCCAAACUAAUCAGAUGUUGUCUGAUGUCACACACUCUGCUUUAGUGGAUGUGCUGCUGACCAACCUCAUCAAAGGAAAGCUGCUUCCUUCUGCUCUUAUAUGGAUAACCUCUCGACCAGCAGCAGCCAGUCAGAUCCCUCCUGAGUGUGUUGAUCGGGUCACAGUGGUACGAGGAUUCAGUGAUGCUCAGAAAGAAAUAUAUUUCAGGAAGAAGAUCAAUGACCAGAGUCUAGCCAACAGAAUUAUCACACAUAUCAAAUCAUCAAGAAGCCUGUACAUCAUGUGUCACAUACCAGUCUUUUGCUGGAUUUCAGCCACUGUUCUAGAGAGAAUGUUGCAUGAAGCAGAGAGUGCAGAGAUCCCCAAAACUCUCACUCAAAUGUUCACACACUUCCUGAUCUUUCAGACCAAAAUGAAGACCCAGAAGUAUGAUGAUAGAAGUGAGGUUGAUCUUCAGCAGGCCAGAAAAACAAUUUUUUCACUGGGCAAAUUGGCUUUUGAACAACUGGAAACAGGCAACCUAAUUUUCUAUGAGGAGGACCUGAGACAAUGUGGCAUUGAUGCCAAAGAAGUGUCAGUGUACUCGGGAGUUUUUACCCAGAUCUUCAGAGAGGAGAUUGGCCUGUGUCUGGGAAAAUUGUACAGCUUUGUGCAUCUGAGCAUUCAGGAGUUUUUUGCUGCUUUGUUCAGGUUUCUCUCCUUUGUUUCAAAUAAGAAACAUAAGUCAGAAAUAACCGAUUUUCAAAAAAAGGAAGUGGACAAGGCUUUACAGAGUGAGAAUGGACACAUGGAUCUUUAUCUUCAGUUUCUUCUGGGUCUCUCACUGCAGUCCAAUCAGAGUCUUUUGCCAAGUCUGUUGACACAGACAAGAAACACGACUCAUAGCAGUUUGGAAAUAAUUGAGUACAUCAAGGAGAAGAUCAGGGAGAAUCCCUCCCCAGAAAAAUCCAUCAAUCUGUUUCACUGUCUGAAUGAACUGAAUGAUCAUUUUCUACAGCAUGAAGUCCAAACAUACCUGAAAGGAACUCGUGUUGAUCGUCUCGCUGAUGCUAAGCUCUCUCCUGAUCAGUGGUCAGCUUUGGUGUUUGUGUUACUGAACUCAGACGAGGAGCUUACUGACUUUGAACUAAGUAAAUAUCAUCAAUCAGAAGAAGGUCUUCUGAGGCUGCUGCCAGUGGUCAAAGUAUGCAGAAAAGCAAAUCUGAGUGGCUGUUUUCUUACAUGGAGAAGCUGUUCAGCUCUGGCCAAAUCUCUUAGAAAUUUGAGAGUGCUGAACCUGAGUCAUAAUAACCUACAGAAUUCAGGAAUCAAGCUGCUCUCUGCAGAACUAAAAAACUCUCACUGUGAACUCAAGACAUUAAAGCUGUACAACUGCAGCAUUGGAGAGGAGGGUUUUGAUGCUCUUGUUUCAGCUCUGAGACUAAACCCCUCACACCUGAGAGAACUGGAUGUGAGCUGGAAUAAACCAGGAGUCUCCGGAGUUAUGUUGCUCUCUGAUCUACUAAAGGAUCCACACUGUAACCUGGAGAAACUACAGCUACAUAGCUGUGGUAUUGGAGAGGAAGGUUUUGCUGCUCUGGCUUCAGCUCUGAGAUCAAACCCCUCACUCCUGAGAGAACUGAACCUGAGCUCUAAUAAACCAGGAGAUUCAGGAGUGAAGCUGCUGUCUCAUGUACUGGAGGAUCCACACUGUAAACUGGAGAAACUACUGCUGUCUGAUUGCAGUAUUGGAGAGAAAGGUUUUGCUGUUCUGGCUUCAGCUCUGAGAUCAAACUCCUCACACCUGAGAGAACUAAAUCUGAGCUCUAAUAAACCAGGAGAUUCAGGAGUGAAGCUCUCUGACCUGCUAGAGGAUCCACAGUGUAAUCUAGAGAAACUUCAUUUACUGCCUCACCUGCCAUAAAUCACACAUCACACAUGAACCUGGUGUCACUGACACUAACUACAAAAGGCAAACAGCUUUCUUCUGAUGAACAUGACUGACCCAUACUGGACAAACAUCUGAACUGACCCAGCAGGAUUCAACACGAGGGCUGUCAGAGCUUAGAACACAAACAC